CUCCUUUUGUCUCCACUUCGAUAUUUAUCUGGUUUACCAUUUUUGUUUAAUCAUUUAUCUACUCUACUCAGCACAAACCAAUCCCAGAAAGAGAAAACUUAAUUCAGACAUCAAUCAUGUUCUCUCCAGUACUCUUCAGAUCCUCAAAACCCAAUUCUUGUCUAAUCUUGCUCUUCUUCUUGUCCAAUUUUCACCAUCUUCCUUGUGCUCUAAGUCAACGAGAUCUUAGGUUAUGUGAUCAUCGGUUUCAGUGUGGGAAUCUCACCGCCGGUUUCCCUUUUUGGGGAGAGUCCCGACCACAACCUUGUGGUCAUCCUUCUUUGGGGCUUCACUGUGACCAAUCCAAGAACAAGACCUUUUUUAUAAUUUCAGGUCAGAUGUACAGUGUCCUCCAAAUAGACAACUCAACUAACACACUUCGACUUGCGAGGCAAGACUUUUUAGGCGAAUCAUUCUGCAAUGCUACAUUCACCGGCACAACGUUGACUCCUGAACUAUUUCAGCUUUCGCCAGAUUACAAGACCCUCUUUGUUCACUAUCUCUGCAACGAACGUCUUCACAAUCCUUCGAAUUUCAAAUGUGCAAAGAUUGGUAUCGCCUCGGUACAUCAGGACAAUAACUAUUAUGAAAACUGUGGUGCGAGUUUCAACAUUACUGUUCCCACAAACUAUGCUCCAGAGGAGGAAGCUUUGAAUAUGACCCGUUUGGGAAGUGUUCUUAGAGAAGGAUUCGUGGUGAAGCUGAAGUAUGAUGAGAGACCGUGUCAAGAAUGUCAAUCUAGUGGUGGAAUCUGUGGCUACAAUGUUUCCACUCCGAUUUGCUGCAAGACAAAUUCAUCAGGAUCAGUAAUCGCCUGCAGUCAAAUGAUUCCAUCUAAAUCUAAUGUUGAUGAGCGUCACAUACACUGCGCUUUUCCGUUUACCUGCGGAAAUGAGAUACAUCUCUCUUAUCCCUUUUGGACAUCUGACAGAGAAGAGUGCGGUCACCCAGAUUUCAAGGUCAACUGCAGCAACGGUUUUGCAGAGCUUACCAUCUCCUCGGUUAAGUUCAGAAUCCUCCAGAUGAACUAUGAUGAUAACAUCAUAACACUCGCAAGAAUGGAUUAUCUCAACAAUCUUUGUCCCCAAGACCCUGAGAGCCCAACGAUCAACCACGAUGUCCUUCCAUUUUCUAACGACACUGUGCUGUCAAAUUUUUAUUACAAAUGCCCUUAUCGAAGAGUAGAUUUUAAGCCCAACGAUUACAUUAGACGGCUUAACUGUGAGGAUGAUAAUGCUGGGGAAAGUUACUUUGUCCCGUUCCCUUCACACUCUUGGGAUACAUCUAUCUUCAACGAGUUGAGCGCACUGUGUGAAAGAAAUAUCAGUAUACCAGUCUCUGGAUCUGCCUUGAAGAUAUUAGAGAGAAAUCAGAGUCUGGAGGCUGUAAAGAAGGCUCUUGAUAAGGGUUUCGGGCUUAAAUUCAACACUGAUUGCGUAGAAUGCGGAAGAUCAGAGGGUGCUUGUGGAUAUAGUCAGAGAUCAAAAGAAUUCGUCUGCUAUUGUAAAAAUGGGCCUCAUAAGCAUACUUGUCGAAAGAAGGAACUCUCCAAAAAAGCAAAAUUAGGCAUCGGAUUCGCUUGUGGAUUCGCGGGUGCCACUCUUUUAGUAGGAGGAUUGUUCUGUUUCAUCAACCGGAGAAGGAAGAAACAAGCAGCUCAAUACACAAGCAAAGGCCUAUCAACAUCAACGCCUUACUCAAGUAAUUAUACAAUGACAACCACUCCAACUUCCACAACAAUCUCCGGAAGCAACCACUCCCUUCGGCCAUCGAUCUCUAACCUUGCAAACGGAAGCGACUACUUUGGUGUUCAAGUCUUCAGCUACGAAGAGCUAGAGGAAGCCACUGAGAAUUUCUCUAGAGAGCUUGGAGAUGGAGGCUUCGGUACUGUCUACUACGGCAUACUAAAAGACGGACGAGCAGUAGCUGUGAAACGACUCUUCGAGAGGUCACUGAAACGCGUGGAGCAAUUCAAGAACGAGAUCGAGAUCUUGAAGUCGUUAAAACACCCGAACCUGGUGAUUCUAUACGGAUGCACAACGAGACAUAGCAGAGAGCUGCUCCUAGUCUACGAGUACAUCUCUAAUGGCACACUCGCUGAUCAUCUCCAUGGAGACCAAGCAGAGUCUCGACCUAUUUGCUGGCCUGCAAGACUCAACAUCGCCAUUCAAACCGCUAGUGCAUUGUCUUUCCUCCAUGCCAAAGGGAUCAUACACAGAGAUGUUAAGACUACGAACAUUCUUCUAGAUAGCAAUUACCAAGUGAAAGUGGCUGAUUUCGGUCUCUCGCGGUUGUUUCCGAUGGACCAAACUCAUAUCUCCACCGCGCCGCAAGGAACUCCGGGAUAUGUUGACCCUGAGUAUUACCAAUGUUACCGUCUCAACGAGAAGAGCGACGUUUACAGCUUCGGAGUCGUACUCUCCGAGCUAAUCUCGUCCAAAGAAGCCGUAGAUAUCACCAGGCACCGCCACGAUAUCAACCUCGCGAACAUGGCGAUCUCGAGAAUCCAGAACGACGCCGUUCACGAGCUCGCGGAUCUGUCGCUCGGAUUCGCGAGGGAUCCUUCCGUGAAGAGGAUGAUGAUGUCGGUUGCUGAAUUGGCGUUCCGGUGUUUGCAGCAGGAGAGGGAGGUCAGGCCGUCGAUGGACGAGAUCGUCGAGGUUUUGAAAGGGAUUCAGAAGGAAGAGAUACGAGAUUUAUCGGAGGUGGUGGAGAUUGAUGUGAGCGGCGGAGAUGAUGUUAGAUUGCUAAAUCACGGCGUUCCUCCGCCGUUAUCGCCGGUGACUGAGAAAGAGACGAGUAGUUCGAAUACGACGGCGAGUUCGUUCUAACUUCUGAGAGUGAAGUAGGAGAGACUCUGCACCUAAACGAAGGUUCGGUGUCAGUAUAUAAAAACCAUUGUGAAUUUCACCUUUUGACUCUUUCUUAAUUUGUUUACGUUGUUUUUUUUUUCUCCCUCGUAAUGUUUGCGUUUUGCAUAAAUGGACAAUUACUAUUACUAAAUUAUUAUGUGGCACGCCUAAUAUGUAA